AUGGUGCGAACAACACCCCUGACUGGGGACGGCCGCCCUUCUCCCAGUGGCACUUCCCUACCACAGAGCCCUACUGUGGCGGCUUCUGUUGGUUUUCCACAAAUGGAUCGGACAAUUUCAGCAACACCUCGACUUGAGGGGGAGAGGAUGGGUUCUUUGAUUCCUAUUGCUACCGCUCGAGCCUCCCAAGAGGACGAGGCGAAAAUUUAUCUCGAACUUCAGGAUGGCCAGGUCUUCGAAGGUCUAAGCUUCGGUGCCCCCAAAAGUAUAUCUGGAGAAUUGGUCUUCCAGACUGGAAUGGUCGGGUAUCCAGAGUCUGUAACAGAUCCCUCCUACCGCGGCCAAAUCUUAGUCAUCACAUUCCCUCUGGUUGGCAAUUAUGGCGUCCCUUCACGGGAAACCGUGGAUGAAUUGCUCGGCAACCUGCCAAAACACUUCGAAUCCGACCUAAUUCACAUCGGUGGACUUGUCGUUGCCUCAUAUGCAGGAGAAGCAUAUUCUCAUCACCUGGCAACAUCCUCACUCGGCACAUGGCUGAAAGAACAAGGUGUCCCAGCUAUGUAUGGUGUCGAUACUCGAGCUCUGACUAAGAUCAUUCGAGAAGAAGGCAGCAUGCUUGGUCGCAUGUUGUAUGCUUCUACGGCCUCACAAGCGAAACUCUCCAAUGGCAUCAGACCAGAUGCGCAAUCUAACGGCGAGGUUAUGAUGGGCCCCGUCAGCUGGAGAGAGCAAGUCGAGCCUGUAGAAUGGCAUGAUCAAAACAAAAGAAACCUGGUGGCGGAAGUGUCCGUCAAGGAGCCUCGAGUUAUCUCCCCUCCUAAGAGCAAAGCCUUGUUGCAUCCAUCAGGGAGACCGGUCCGUGUCCUGGUCGUGGAUGUCGGGUUGAAGUACAACCAAUUGCGGUGUCUAUUGGCCCGUGGAGUUGAAGUCUUAGUCGUGCCAUGGGAUUACAAUUUUCCAGAACUCGCGGGAAAAGACUAUGACGGCUUGUUCAUCUCCAAUGGCCCCGGUGAUCCGGCGAUGAUGUCGACCACAGUCAAGCAUAUCGCAGCAGCUAUGUCCGAAGGGCGAACGCCAAUUUUCGGUAUCUGUCUCGGUCAUCAGCUCCUGGCUCGUGCGGCUGGAGCCAAUACUCUAAAGAUGAAAUUCGGCAAUCGUGGUCACAACAUCCCCUGUACAAACCUUCUGUCUGGCCGCUGUUACAUCACUUCGCAGAACCACGGAUUCGCGGUCGAUUCUAUGACGCUACCUGACGGCUGGGAAGAAUUAUUUGUCAAUGCGAACGACGGUAGCAACGAGGGCAUCCGUCACGUCUCUCGUCCUUACUUCAGUGUCCAAUUUCACCCCGAGUCAACCCCUGGUCCUCGAGACACCGAAUUCCUUUUUGACGUCUUCAUUGAUGCCAUCAUGAAGAGUGUUGCUUCAGUUGAGGCCCUCGUUCAGCCUGUCUCAUUUCCGGGUGGUACGAUUGAGGAAAAUGACAAAGCACACCCACGAGUCCAGGUCAAGAAGGUCCUUGUUCUCGGCAGUGGAGGCCUCAGUAUUGGUCAAGCCGGCGAAUUCGACUAUUCUGGCAGUCAGGCAAUCAAAGCCUUGAAACAAGAAGGCAUCUACACUGUCCUGAUCAACCCAAACAUUGCAACAAUUCAGACCUCCAAAGGCUUGGCAGACAAGGUCUAUUUUCUCCCAGUCAACGCUGAUUUCGUCCGCAAGGUCAUCAAGCACGAACGACCAGAUGGAAUUUACUGCACUUUUGGUGGCCAAACUGCCCUUCAAGUUGGUAUUCAGCUAAAGGACGAAUUUGAAGGUCUAGGAGUUCGCGUACUAGGAACGCCAAUUGAUACUAUCAUUACAACAGAAGAUCGUGAGCUAUUUGCAAGAAGUAUGGAAUCUAUUGGCGAGAAAUGCGCCAAGUCUGCUUCUGCCUCAAGCAUCGAAGAGGCCAUGCAUGUUGUCAAAGACAUUGGCUUCCCGGUUAUUGUUCGAGCUGCUUACGCACUAGGUGGUCUUGGUAGCGGAUUUGCUGACAACGCUGAGCAAUUAAGAGAAUUGUGUACCAAGGCCUUUGCCGCCAGUCCUCAAGUUCUUAUUGAGCGAAGCAUGAAGGGCUGGAAGGAAAUCGAAUACGAAGUCGUUCGCGAUGCGCGCGACAACUGCAUCACCGUCUGCAACAUGGAGAACUUUGAUCCUCUCGGCAUUCAUACUGGAGACUCUAUCGUUGUCGCGCCUUCUCAAACUCUCUCAGACGAGGACUACAACAUGCUCCGCACAACCGCUGUCAAUGUCAUUCGACACCUCGGCGUUGUUGGAGAAUGCAACAUUCAGUACGCCCUCAAUCCGUUCUCCAAGGAAUACUGCAUUAUUGAAGUCAACGCUAGGCUGUCUCGAUCUUCAGCUCUUGCUUCGAAAGCCACAGGGUACCCUCUGGCCUUCAUCGCAGCAAAACUUGGGUUGAACAUACCACUGAACGAGAUCUCCAACUCAGUGACCAAGAAGACUUGUGCCUGCUUCGAACCGUCGCUGGAUUAUGUGGUUGUCAAGAUCCCCAGAUGGGAUUUGAAAAAAUUCACACGUGUCUCAACUCAACUUGGGUCUUCCAUGAAGAGUGUUGGGGAGGUCAUGGCAAUCGGCCGAACCUUUGAAGAGGCCAUACAGAAGGCGAUUCGUUCGGUCGAUCUCCACAAUCUUGGCUUCUCUGACAUCUCCAAUCCUUUGAUGUCGGUUGACGACGAACUUCAGACUCCUUCCGAUCAGCGAAUGUUUGCUAUUGCUAAUGCCAUGCAUGCUGGCUACAGUGUAGACAAGAUCUGGGAAAUGACCAAGAUCGACAAGUGGUUCUUGUCAAGAUUGAAAGGCCUGAGCGAUUUUGCAAAGCUGAUGUCCAAAUACAGCACGUCAACGAUUCCGCCAUCUUUGUUCCGUCAAGCCAAGCAACUUGGUUUCUCAGACAGACAAUUGGCUCGCUACUGGAACUCUAAUGAGCUUGCAGUUAGGCUUUUGAGGGCAGAAGCUGGUAUUCAUCCCGUUGUCAAACAGAUCGAUACUGUGGCUGCAGAGUUCCCAGCCUACACCAACUACCUUUACCUUACAUACAAUGGUAUGGCAAGCGACGUCACGUUCGAAGAUCAUGGUAUCAUGGUCCUCGGAUCUGGUGUCUAUCGUAUUGGCUCUUCGGUGGAAUUCGAUUGGUGUUCAGUCAGAGCUAUUCGAACCCUUCGACAAGAAGGAUACAAGACUAUCAUGUGUAACGACAAUCCGGAAACGGUCUCGACAGAUUACGAUGAAGCUGACAAGCUUUAUUUCGAGAACAUCAAUCUCGAGACUGUGCUAGACAUCCAUCAACUCGAAUCAGCAAAUGGGGUAAUUAUUUCUAUGGGUGGGCAGGCGCCAAACAACAUCGCCCUGCAACUGAGCAGACUUAACAUCAAGAUUCUUGGGACUUCACCAGAUAUGAUCGACUCUGCCGAAAAUCGGUACAAAUUCUCUCGUAUGCUCGAUCGCAUCAACGUUGAUCAACCAGCCUGGAAAGAAUUGACUAGCAUUGAGGAAGCACUGGAAUUCUGCGCUAAGGUGAAAUACCCUGUCCUGGUGCGCCCGUCUUAUGUAUUGUCUGGUGCUGCUAUGAACACGGUAUAUUCCAAGGAUGAUCUCGCCAGCUAUCUCAAUCAAGCUGUGGAUGUCUCUAGAGAACACCCCGUUGUCAUUACGAAAUACAUUGAGAACGCCAAGGAGAUCGAGAUGGAUGCUGUUGCUAAGGAUGGUGUCAUGAUUGGCCACUUCAUUUCCGAACAUGUUGAGAAUGCAGGCGUCCACUCUGGAGACGCCACCUUGAUUUGCCCUCCACAAGAUCUUGAACCGGAGACAAUCGCCCGAAUUGAAGAAGCUACGCGCAAAAUUGGCAAUGCUUUGAACGUCACUGGUCCUUUCAACAUCCAAUUCAUUGCCAAAGACAACGAGAUCAAAGUCAUCGAAUGCAAUGUUCGAGCGUCGAGAUCCUUCCCAUUUGUCUCGAAAGUCAUGGGCGUUGACUUGAUUGAAAUGGCCACAAAAGUCAUGAUGGGUAGGCCAGUCACACCUUAUCCACCCGUUGACAUUCCUGCCGAUUAUGUCGGUGUGAAGGCUCCCCAGUUUUCAUUCUCUCGAUUGUCUGGUGCCGAUCCAGUUUUGGGGGUUGAGAUGGCGUCCACUGGUGAAGUGGCCUCGUUCGGCCGUGAUCGCUAUGAGGCUUAUCUCAAGGCAACUAUUUCGACAGGCUUUAAACUGCCCGAGAAGAAUAUCCUCCUCUCUAUCGGAUCUUUCAAGGAUAAAAUGGAGAUGCUCCCUUCUGUUCGUAAGCUCCAUGACAUGGGCUACAAUCUUUUCGCAACUUCUGGAACCGCCGAUUUCCUCGAGGAACAUGGCAUCAAAGUGAAAUACUUGGAAGUUCUUGGGAGUGACGAGAAGGAGCAGAAAUCGGAGUAUUCGCUGACGCAACAUCUCGCAAACAACAAAAUUGAUUUGUACAUCAACUUGCCUUCAAGUAAUCGGUUCAGAAGACCCGCCAACUAUAUGAGCAAGGGUUAUCGAACACGGCGAAUGGCUGUCGACUAUCAGACUCCAUUGAUCACCAAUGUCAAGAUUGCGAAAAUCCUCAUCGAAGCGCUUGCUAGGCACUAUGACCUCAGUAUUCACACCAUUGACUUCCAGACAAGCCACCGUACUGCAGUGCUUCCAGGCCUAAUCAACGUUGCGGCAUUUGUCCCUGGUGUGGCGCAAACGGGUUCACAUGAUUUCAGCCUUGUCACCAAAGCGUCCAUUGCCGCUGGGUUCAGCAUGAUUCGGGUCAUGCCUGUCGGCAUUGACAGUGCCAUAACCGAUGUUCGCUCGCUGAAGAUUGCUCAGCAGAAUGCCGAAGGGGGUUCAUAUUGCGACUUCAACUACUCUGUUGCGGCCACGGACUCUAAUUCUGAGCAGAUCGUGCACGUCAAAGGAGAAGUCGGUUCACUGUUCAUACCAUUCAAUCAUCUCGCUGGAAACAUCAACAAGGUCGCCACCGUGACGGCUCAUUUCGGAACCUGGCCAGAAUAUAAGCCGAUAGUCACCGAUGCGAAGACUACCGAUCUGGCUUCGAUCCUCCUUCUGGCCAGUCUCCAUGGCAGGAAAGUCCAUGUCAUGAAUGUGACCUCCAAAGACGAUAUCAGUCUGAUUGCUCUUUCCAAGGAAAAGGGUCUCAAGGUCACAUGUGACGUGUCAAUAUACAGCCUGUUCCUCUCCCAGGCCGACUACCCAGACUGCCCAGCAUUGCCGACGGCGGUGGACCAGAAAGCGUUGUGGGAUCAUCUCUCUGCCAUUGACGUGUUUUCGGUGGGUAGUAUUCCCUACCAGAUCGCUGGCGACCAUGCCGUCCCCACGGUGGGUUUGGCCGAUGCUCUUCCAUUACUGCUUACGGCAGUGUCAGAAGGAAAGAUGACUAUGGAAGAUGUCACCACGCGCCUCCACGAUAACCCAAAGACUAUCUUCGAGUUGCAUGACCAGAACAACACUUCCAUAGAAGUCGACAUCAACCGUCCCUAUGUUCUCCAAGCCGGAUCUGCCUGGUCUCCAUUUGUAGGGAAGACCCUCCGCGGUGCAAUUUCCAGAGUGAUCUUCCAGGGCAAGACCGCUUGCCUUGAUGGAGAGCUUUCACUUGAUGGCCCGAGAGGUGUAGAUAUGUCAUCUCAUCUCCUGACCCCCCCGACUCCAGCUGUUGGGCCAACAUCUCCCAUUCUGCGAGCUCAAGUAGACGCUUCGGUCGAUCGUCGUCCUACCAUGUUCGAAGCCACGGCCAAUAGGAGGGUUUCGACGACCGUACGAAGCCGCCCAAUCACUCGAGCACGGAAUAUGGACGAGGUGCUAGAUGACACGAACAGUCCUCUUCUCCCCACUGCGGCGUUCCGCCAACCCACGGCCCCGUCGACCAUCUCACCGUCACUACUCUCCCUUUUAGCGUCGUCACCAUUCAAGAACCGUCACGUACUGUCUGUCAACCAGUACACUCGCCAAGAGCUUCACGUCCUGUUCACGGUGGCCCAGGAAAUGCGCUUGGGCGUUCAGAGACAGGGAAUAGUGCCGAUAUUGCCGUCCAAGGUGUUAUGCACGAUGUUCUAUGAGCCGAGCACUCGUACCUCGGCAUCCUUUGAUGCUGCUAUGCAACGAUUGGGUGGCCGAACCAUUGCAAUCAACACCGACCAUUCGAGUACUCAAAAGGGCGAAACAUUGCAAGACAGUAUCCGCACUCUCGGCUGCUAUGGUGACGCAGUGGUCCUUCGCCACCCAGACAACGAAUCCGCGGCCACCGCUGCCAAGUUCUCACCGGUUCCAAUCAUCAACGGUGGAAACGGCAGCCGAGAGCACCCAACGCAGGCGUUCCUGGACUUGUUCACCAUUCGAGAAGAGCUUGGCACUGUGACUGGUUUGACUGUGACUUUUACUGGUGACCUCAAGUACGGUCGGACUGUGCAUUCACUGGUCAAGUUACUCCAGUACUACGAAGUGAGGAUUAAUUUGGUUGCGCCAAAAGAUCUUGCUCUCCCAGAAGAGGUCCGCGAGCAAAUCAUCUCCUCUGGCCAGCUUGCGAUGGAAUCUGAGACCUUGACACCAGAGAUCGUGGCUAAGAGCGACGUUCUCUACUGCACCAGAGUUCAAAAAGAACGCUUCACCAGCCUCGCAGAAUAUGAACGUCUCAAGGACAGUCUCAUUGUGGACAACAGUGUUUUGAAGUACGCCAAGUCGACCAUGGUUGUCAUGCACCCUCUCCCGCGGAACCGAGAGAUCAGCGAAGAGGUGGACUUUGACCAGCGCGCUGCAUACUUCAGACAGAUGCGCUACGGACUGUACACACGAAUGGCCCUCUUGGCUCUCGUGCUUGCAUCGUGA